GGGGUUUAUUACACAGUUGGCAACGUUGCAUCUACGUUCCGCUCAUCCCACAAGAGUUAGCUUUUAUAUUUUCCUUAGUUUGAUAUCAGAGUGACUUUCCAGCGAGGUAAAAUGAGACCCGCUCGUGUAAAAAACAAAAGUUAUUAUGUGGAACCCGACAAUUUUCCGUAUUUCUGUGAAUACGAGUUGCAUAUUUACGCCGAAAUGGAAAAUUAUGAGGCCUUGAAGGCAAUGCUGGAAGAGUUUCCAACAUACGUGAAUUGUGUCAAUUCUAAAGGCUACACCCCACUGGCUGUUGUAACAAAAACGAUAUGGGAGCUGAACACGGACACCGAGAAGAGGAUCAUGGAGCUUCUUCUUUCUUAUGGCGCUGACCCCUUGAUGCCCCAUUAUGAUGGGCAACCUAUAGCUUUGCAUGCUUUUAGAAAUGGGGAUGCAGAAGUGCUGAUGAUAUUUGCUCAAUAUCUGGAAGACAUUGAUACAUUACUCGGGGGUUACACACCGCUUCAUUAUGCAGUAUCGCAAUGCGAGAUUGAUCUGGCCAAAUACUGUUUGGAUAGGAACGCAGACAUCCAUCAAAUGUACCAAGAAAAUAUGACCCUUCUACACGUAGCCGUCAUCUCUCACAACUACUACAUGAUAACCCUGCUGCUCGACUAUGGCUGUGAUGUAAACGCCAAGAUGUCCGAUGGAAACACAGCUCUUCAUCUGGCUGUCGUCUACAACAACGGAGAAAGUGCUGUGAGGGACCUCAUCAAAUACAACGCAGACGUUAAUGCUCAGAACAAUCAGGGAGACACCCCUCUGAAUCGCCUAGCACCUCUGCGCUAUUUCAAUUGCGAAGUAUUCGAACACUUGAUCAAAAGUAGAUGUGACGUCAAUAUACCAGAUUAUUAUGGUUUCACGCCACUGCACAAAAUUUCUUACAGUUUCAAAUUCGGAAAAUACGACAACAAGUUCAAAAACGCCUGUAAGAAUUUCGUGAGAACUUUGCUAAGAAGAAACGCUAAUGUGUUCGCCUUAACUCAAUAUGGCGACACUGUCCUGGACACAGCGCUCAGAAGCAACAGGUUGGAAUUAGCUGAGAUACUCGUGAAACACAUAACUCCCAAGUUAUACGGGAGGCAUAAAGAAACUGAUCUUAUGCUUUAUUCGUUUUCCAAACAUCCGAAAUUCAGGAGUAUCGCUACAAAAUGUGUGGCAGAAAUGUCAAAGUUAGAUAGAUUAAUAAUUGGAACUAACUUCACUUACAGGGAUCUGACUACCAAUUAUAGAAAAAUUGUUAGGUGUGCUACAAAUCAAAACGUUGCCGAUGAAAUAAAUCGAAUGAUACGUAAGAAAAGACGAGGGUAUGAAGAUGAAUUGAUAGAGGAAUGCGUUAAAGUUUUAGACAUGGCUAAAAUGUUAAUUUUACUGACUGAGAUUUUUGAAUACGUUUUACCUGGACCUUGUAUAGAUAAAAUUCUGGAAUAUAUAAACCCGCAGGAUUGUGUCCAGACUUUUAGACCUAAGAUACAAAACAGAAAACUCAAUCAUAGAAGAUAUCGAUAUCACUGAAUCGUGUUCAUCGAACUGGAGGUUUUUAUAAAGAAUUUGUAUAAUAUUUUUUAAAACUGCAUUUCGUUUUUAUACCCGAAACCAUAUGAUUCAAAUAGAAGGGAGUAUUUUCAAAGACAAAACCAUUCAAAUCAGGUUUCAGUAAAGACUUUACUUAUAUAGGAAAUACAUAUAGGUACAUAUAAAUAUGUGCUUGAUUUCAAUUAAUGAAUACCUACGCAUAAUCGUACAAUAAUGGAUGAUAUGAAAGACGAAUAAAUUACAUAAUAUAUAAUGACGACGAUGGAAUAGAAUAAUUGUGUAUAUGAUAUGUGGUAUCUUUGUGUGAAUAAUACCUAUAGGAAAAACUAAAUAAAUUAAAUGUCACUUAUUUUAAUAUUACAUUUUCUUAUAAAAAGA